AAUGACAGUUAUUUAGUUUUAAUCGUCAACAUGAGGGCUCUGUUGAAAUUAUCUGUGCUUGUGUGUGUCGCAACUGCAGCCUUCGGCUACAGUUUGACGCCCACAGAUGUCGUCUUUCAUUUUUUCAGCAGGAAUAAUCCGACCGUAAGCCAGGCGGUGUACCCCAACAUUAAUUCCAUUAUGACAUCCAACAUCGACGUACAGAAACCAAUCGUUAUAACUAUACACAAUUACGUGGAAAAUGUAACAGGAAACUUCAAUGCAUUCGUUGUUCCAGCAUUUUUGGAUACUGCUGAUGAAAACGUUAUCGCAGUCGAUUGGAGCCCUGGUGCUAACCUCUACUCCCAAGGUCUUGGUAACGCUCCCCAGUGCGGUGAGGUGGUAGCGUCCUUUGUGAAUAUCCUGAUUCAGCAAUUGGGUUUCAAUGCUAAUCUUUUGCGCAUUGUUGGCGUGGGAUUAGGUGGACAUAUUGCUGGUAUCGCUGCUAGAAACAUUGUCUCACCAGUACCUUAUAUUGUAGCUCUGGAUCCAUCCCUGGUUGGUUGGACUCAUCAUCCCGAUAUCCUGAAAGCCAGUGACGCUGGUGUUGUUGAAGUACUUCACACAACCGCCGGCGUAUAUGGCUAUGACUAUCCUCUGGGCGACAUUGACUUUUACCCAAAUGGUGGAGCAUUCCAGAAUGGCUGUGGUAGUGACCGGACUUGCUCCCACACCCUUGCCUACGCCUUCUACGCCGAGUCAUUUACGAGUCAAGAGGAGGGUGCUAACGAGUUCGUUGGCACUGCUUGUACCAAUUAUGAGAGUGCUAUUGCCUCAACUUGUGACGGGCAGAGGGACGCCAUUUUCGGAGGCAGAAGAGAUAAGUCAGGUAUAUCCGGUAUUUACAACUUCCUUACGAAUCCCACCUCGCCUUUCGCCAGAGGUUAAGAAGUAAUAGGGAUAAAUAAUUAUUACUUCACAAUAUAGAAUCGGUCAAUUUAAGUGCAGUUAAUAUUAAAAUGCAUUUAUGAUAAGAACAUUGUUAUUGUUA